CUUCACGUCAUCAUCACAUGACUCCCAAGUUUGUUAAAAUUUCGUUGAAGGAAUAUUGACUCGUUAAAGGCUACACUCCCUAGGUGUAACUUGACCUUAUGAUCUCUUAUUCUUUUAAUCAGCUUGUGAAUAAAGGAGUUCAAUCCAAACACUUAACCUGAGCUAGAAAUACUGACUUUCCUCGUGUAACGCUAUGGAUGACGUGAUCAUCAUUGCUUAAGGUCGUAAAUGGACAACCUGAUUAUUGACUUUUGCUGCAAGUGAGAUAUGGAGAUAUCCUUCUAUUUAUUUUCGAUAUUAUUUUGGGUAUCAUCAUCUGCUAUGUGUGGGUUCUCUGCAAUUAUUUUCUUGUUAUGUUGUUAUAGCAUGUCGGAUUUGGAUUAGAGAAAUUAAUUCCUAACAGUUGCAUGUUCCCUUUGUAUGGGGGAUUAGAAGCAGAUGCAGAUGAAAACAGGUUACCCAUGCCUCAGUGACAAAAACAGUGUACAGAAGAUAAGCUUAUUUAUUCCAUGGCAUGGGCUUCUUCCCUACUUAUCCUCCACAUUUUAACCAAGAAGAAAUGGUGAAGAAAGAGAUCAGGGAAGAGUGAUCUGCUUUAGAACAGCCAUGGUUUCUAUUCCCAUUACUUCCUCAAUGCAGAUAGCUUUCAGCUCUCAACACGCCACCAAAAGGCCACAGCCUCAAGCCAGACAGGCACGCUCGUCGGGAACAAUGCCGGCGACCCAUGUCGUCACUCUUAAUGUUAAACAACAAGAGAGAGCCGAGAUGCUAGUUGAUAAAUCAAAUGAUACCAAGGAUGAAGUCAAGAGAGAUGAGAUGGAAGGUUCUGUUCUGGGGUUUGUCGAUGAGAGAUGGAAAAAGGGCACUUGGGAUCUAAAUAUGUUCGUGAAAGAUGGCAAAAUGGAUUGGGAUGGUGUGAUUGUUGCAGAAGCAAGGAGAAGAAAGUUUCUUGAACUGCAUCCAGAAACAGCAGCAAACCAAGCUCCAGUGCUCUUUAGAACCUCCAUCAUACCCUGGUGGGCAUGGGUCAUGCACUCCCACCUCCCUGAGGCUGAGCUACUCAACGGUCGAGCUGCCAUGGUUGGGUUCUUCAUGGCAUACUCUGUAGACGCUCUGACACAACUUGAUGUGGUUGGCCAAACCGGCAAUUUCAUAUGCAAGUUUGGCCUCUUGGUUACAGUCAUUGGUGUAUUGCUUUUCAGGCGAACUCAAGAUUUUGAGAAUCUGCAGAAGGUGGCUGAUGCGGCCACAUUCUAUGAUAAGCAGUGGAAAGCAUCAUGGCAAAAUGAAGAUGCCACCACUGGUGGCACGCCUAAGUAAAGAAUGGGGUGGAGUAUUUUUUUUUUUCAUUUUUUGGGUUUUUUUGGUGAGCAAUGAAAUGAUGUAACUUUACAUUCUAGGGUUAAUCAAAGCUUGUUGUCAUUGGCUUGAUCUUCAAUUUUAAGGAGGGAUAUGUAAUCAUGGGUUAUAUGAUUUUAUAUGUUUUAAUUUUGUGAUGGAUGGAGUUGGGAACGGAACUAAGAUUUAUCCUUGGGUAGACCAAGCAGUAUAUGUAGAAAUUAAU